GGAGCAAUUCGUUGGAAUGUUUCACAUACUGCAUUAUCUGAAAUUUAACUCUUAUCAAACCUCGAUUACUUUCAAAUGAUUAAAAUUAAUGUUCUUCAUACAUGAGUCAGCCAUAGGAAAACAAUCAAUAAGGUUCUGCUGAAAAAAUCCAUAUAUUUCGUGCACAUUUUAUUACAAAUUCCCGGCUAAAUAUUGUUUUAAACAAUAUUUUGACGAUGGAGUACGAGGCGUUCUGGAAAAUAAUUACCUAUUUUUAUUAUAUUGGAGGGCUGUUGGCAUUACUCAAAAUUUACCAAAGUGUAACUUCUGGAAUAUUCAAAAGCGAUAAAAGAUUAGAUGGCCAGGUUGUGAUUGUCACUGGAUCCAAUACAGGAAUUGGCAAAGCUGCGGCCUUAGAUUUUGCCAAAAGGGGAGCAAAAGUUAUUUUAGCCUGUCGAGAUCUCAUUAAAGCCAAUGAGGCCAAAGAGGAAAUCAUCGAAAUAUCGAAAAAUAAAAAUGUUGUGGUGCGAUCUUUGGACUUAUCUUCAUUCGCAAGCGUUAGAAAUUUCGCUAAAGAAAUAAUCGCCACUGAAAAUCGAUUAGAUGUUCUGGUGAAUAAUGCAGGUGUUGGUGGUGUUGAUAAAAAAACUGAAGAUGGUAUCGAGUGGGGGAUGCAAGUCAAUCAUUAUGGACAUUUUUUGCUGACGAAUUUGUUGAUAGAUUUAUUAAAAAAAUCAGCACCAAGUCGUAUAGUACACGUAUCUUCUAUGAUCCACAAAAUAGGACGCUUAGAUUUUGACAAUAUGAAAUGUGAACGUAGCAAAAAUGGUUUUAUGGUUUAUGCAAAUUGUAAAUUAUAUAACGUGAUAGGCAGUAAUGAAUUUGCAAGACGCUUGGAAGGAAGUGGUGUGACUUCGAACAGUUUACAUCCUGGUGUAGUAAACACGGAAAUUAUGAGACACGUGCCUUAUUUGGUGAGAUGUAUUGUGAACAAACUCUUACAGCUAUUUUUCAAGUCGCCAGAAGAAGGAGCCCAGACAACAAUUUAUUUAGCUGUGAGUGAUGAUGUGACAAAUAUGUCAGGAAAAUACUUCGUGGACUGCCAGGAAGCAAGUACAAUAUCUAUAACAGAAGAUAGAGAAAUAGGUCAAAAGUUCUGGGAGAAAUGCUGUGAUAUUGUGGGUCUCAAACCUGAAGAGAGAUUUAUAUAAGUUUUCAGAGUUUCGAAAUUAUUGAAAUGUUACUCUGGACAAAAAUUCGACUCAAAGUCGUAUUUAAAUGAAUUUAAAUUAUUUUUGUAAAAUAAUUAUAUGCUUGUCAAAAUAUAUGAUCUUUGUAUCAAAA